AUGGUUGGAACACCAUUAAGACGUCAUUUUAAAUCACUUUUUGCUAAUUAUUCCGCUUCGCCUGGUUUAUCGGCAGCUCUCAAAAUUUCCGGAAUUUUUCGUCAUUACGACGUCACCCGUCGACAGUUCACUUGUACGUUGAAAGACGAUGAAGCGUUGUAUGAUGCGUUGCAAAUGCUAAUGAAUGAAGUUUAUAAUAAUGAGAUUGAAUGUAAUGCUGCAUUAAGGGUAAAACGAUCAGGUAUUUAUGCAGCUCGUGUGACUGGUUCCUGGAAACGUGUACGUGUUGAUCGGAUUGAUCACAAGACAAAUCAAUGUUUGAUUGAAACAGUAGAUGAUGGACAGCUUCUAACACUUAAUCGUUAUGAAUUAUUCACGUUGGAUCCGAAAUUACUCACCAAUCAGUAUAAACGAACUUUUGGUGUACGCUUUGUACUACCACAUAAAUGU